AUAAACCCACCAUCGACUCAAUUAAUCCUACCACAGUGGGCACUUUUUAGGAUUCAUGGAUUAUUGCCAGGGCAGUUUCCGAGCGGUGUCUGAGCGCGUGCAGAGGGCAGGGGCUCCGGGCGGCCCGCGGCGGGCGCUCGGGGGCGCUUCCGAGCCAGGCAGCCUGGGCGGGUUGCCGCGCGGGGCGCCUCCUCCUCCUCCUCCUCCUCCCCGCGGGUCUGCCUGCGCCGUGGGGGGCUCUGCCCGCCCCACCGCCGUCCGGGCCAGCCUCUGAGUCACUCCGGAGCAGAUGCCGCCGGCUGCAGCCUCGCCCGUCUGCGCGCCGCCCGGAGAAGGUGGGAACCUCGGAGACCUGCGAAGGCAACCCCUCUGGGACCCCAGAGAUGAACAUCCUGGCCCCCGUGCGGAGGGACCGGGUCAUUGGUGAGCUGCCCCAAUGUUUCACCAAAGAGGCGGCUCUGCACGGCAGGACCUCCUUCCAUUCCAAAGUGGUGGCCACGUGCCAGGCCCAGCGGACAGGCACCGUGGGCAGGUUUAAAAUCUCCAAGAUCAUCGUGGUGGGAGACCUGUCGGUGGGGAAAACCUGCUUGAUCAAUCGAUUUUGCAAAGACACCUUUGACAAGAACUACAAGGCCACCAUCGGGGUGGACUUUGAGAUGGAGCGCUUCGAGAUUCUGGGGGUCCCCUUCAGCCUCCAGCUGUGGGAUACGGCCGGCCAGGAGCGGUUCAAAUGCAUCGCCUCCACUUACUAUCGGGGAGCACAAGCCAUCAUUAUCGUCUUUGAUUUGAAUGACGUGGCAUCGCUGGACCACACGAGGCAGUGGCUGGCCGAUGCCCUGAAGGAGAACGACCCAUCCAACGUCCUCCUCUUCCUGCUGGGCACUAAGAAGGACCUCAGCACACCUGCGCAGUACAACCUUAUAGAGCGGGACGCCCGGAAGGUGGCGAAGGAGAUGCACGCUGAGUACUGGGCCGUCUCCUCGCUCACAGGUGAGAACGUGCGGGAAUUUUUCUUCCGUCUGGCCGCGCUCACCUUCGAAGGAAGCGUGCUGGCCGAGCUGGAGAAGAGCCAGGCGCGCCGGAUUGGGGACAUUGUGCGGAUUCAUGGGGACGAGCGAGACUUGUACGUGACGGAGAAGAGGAAGAGGACCAAAUGCUGCGCGUGACGAAGCCCCCACUGAACAGACCCCUCCCCCGGCAUUUGCACUGGACUCUUUUCUAGACCAAAGGAAGACCCCUCCCCACUUCUGACACAGGAGAAGCAGGCGCCUUCCCCCCAACUCUCUGACACGGCCAAACCAAAGAGUUUUUUGUAGACUGAAGAUGUCCAAACUUGGCAACUUGUGGGCUUCAAUUCCCAGCAUUCCCCAGCCAGCACAGAAUUGUGGGAGUUGAAGUCCACAAGCCUUCAAGAUGGCUGUGGAAUUGUGGGAGUGGAAGUCCAGAAGUCUUGAAAUUGGCUGGGGAAUUCUGGGAGUUGAAGUUUGCAAGUCUUAAAAUUGCCUGGCUUGGACACCUCUGUGGUAGAGCAUCUCCUCCGGAAGACUUCCUGGCUUUAGAUUCACCUCUACCUUCCCUCGCCUGGGCUGAGCAUGCUCACCUUUGAGGACCCCACCCCCAAGUGGCAGCUGAAGCCCCCAGGCUUGCUCGGACUGUGCCGGCCACUUCCUGCUUGACCGAAGAAGAAACAGUUUUUGUCUGUGGAGAUUCUCAAAACACCUUCAUUGCUUUUUUGUG